AUGGGCUACCCAGAGGUAGAGCGCAGGGAACCUCUGCCCACGGCAGCGCCGCGGGAGCGGGGGAGCAAGGGCUGCGGCUGUCGCGGGGCCCCUGCCCGGGCGGGCGAAGGGAACAGCUGCCGGCUCUUCCUGGGUUUCUUUGGCCUCUCGCUGGCCCUCCACCUGCUGACGUUAUGCUGCUACCUAGAGUUGCGGUCCGAGUUGCGGCGGGAACGGGGAGCCGAGUCCCGCCUUGGCCCCAGCACCCCUGGCACCUCUGGCACCCUGAGCAGCCCCGGUGGCCUUGACCCUGACGGUCCCAUCACCCGCCACUUCAGGCAGCCAUCACCUCAGCAGCAGCAGCCGCCGCUGGAACCGGGAGAAACCACACUCCCCCCACACUCCCAGGACGGGCACCAGGUGAUUCUGAUUAACUUUUACUAUCCAAAAGAAAGUUUGUACUCCUUGCAAGAGCCAUUCAGAAUAAGGAGGCACAGAAAAAGUCAGAGCUCAGAGGGUGCAGGUGGCCCAGUUAAAAACAAGAAAAAGGGAAAGAAGGCAGGACCUCCUGGGCCCAAUGGCCCUCCGGGACCUCCAGGACCCCCAGGACCCCAGGGACCCCCAGGGAUUCCAGGAAUUCCUGGAAUUCCAGGAACAACUGUGAUGGGACCACCUGGCCCUCCAGGUCCCCCUGGUCCUCAGGGACCCCCUGGCCUACAGGGACCUUCUGGAGCUGCUGAUAAAGCUGGACCUCGAGAAAACCAGCCAGCUGUGGUGCAUCUACAGGGCCAAGGGUCAGCAAUUCAAGUCAAGAAUGAUCUUUCAGGUGGAGUGCUCAAUGACUGGUCUCGCAUCACCAUGAACCCCAAGGUGUUUAAGCUACAUCCCCGCAGCGGGGAGCUGGAGGUACUGGUGGACGGCACCUACUUCAUCUAUAGUCAGGUAGAAGUCUAUUACAUCAACUUCACCGACUUCGCCAGCUACGAGGUGGUGGUGGACGAGAAGCCCUUCCUGCAGUGUACCCGCAGCAUUGAGACAGGCAAGACCAACUACAACACUUGUUACACCGCGGGGGUCUGCCUCCUCAAAGCCAGGCAGAAGAUUGCCGUGAAGAUGGUACAUGCCGACAUCUCCAUCAAUAUGAGCAAGCACACCACUUUCUUUGGGGCCAUCAGGCUGGGCGAGGCCCCUGCAUCCUAGAUUCCCCCCACUUUCUGCCCAUGCUCCCGCCCCUGCCCCAGAGCUGGGAACUGGGAGCUGGGACUCCCAGAACCUCUCAGUGCUGCUGUGGAAUGAGGUGUGAUGGGUGUCACAGCCACAGGCUAUUUAUUCCCCGGUGACUCCAGGAUGAUGAGGAGGCCCACUUGACUUUCCAGAAUGACCUUGAGUUCACAGGAGGGUUGAUGGAGCCCCCGGUUUGUAGGAAGCAGGACCUUCUUCCUUGGCUCCGUGUCAGCUGGCUUAUGGCUCUACUCUUCAACCUCAAGGUCGCUUUUGUCAGAGUGAUUGUUUCUUGCACUAAGGUGGGGAGUCCAGGGCAGCAGGCAAGAGAAAGCAAAAGUGGACUCCAGACUGUGGGGGCAAGCCUCUGACCCUAAAGGGGCUGCUGUUCCUCUCUUGGGUAGGG